AGUCACUAUGGUAACAGUAUAAUCAUCGGCCAUGUUGGGAACACAAAACAACACAUUUUAGUUGCUUAAAAACUCAAUUUUAACUUUGAAAAGAAGUCAUGCCACCCAAAAAGAAAGGAAAGAAGAGUGGUAAGAAGAAAAAGAGUGGAAAAAAGAGUGGUAGAAAGUCGGCAGCUUCUGCUCCAUCUACAGAAAUUCUCACCGAACUUUCCAAGGAAUAUUUCUUGAUUCAAAUCCGAGAUUUAGAGGCUCKUCUAGCUCGAUAUCAAAAGAAAUGCGAUGAACUAGAACUCAAAAAUGAUGACUACAAGUCUCAGUACGAACAACAAACGACAGAUAAGAAGGAAAUUGUCUCAUUUUUAAAGAAACAAUUAGAACAGCGAGCUGACGAAAUUGCAGAUCUUCAAGACAGACUUAUUGGUCUUCAACAAGCAAAAGAUGCGGAGAAAGACCAGUUUGAAGUACAAUUAGCUACUCUAAGAACAGAAAUGCAGGAAAUUAAAGAUCAGUUAACAUCUGAAAAUAUGGUUUUAGGAGGAAAAUUAGCAUCAUUAGAGGAAUUUCGAGUCCAGAAAGAAGAUUUGAUGGCUAAGUUUGCUAAAAUGGAAGARGACCUAGAGAAACAACAGAAAGAUCAUAAAGACGUUAUCUAUAAUCUUGAAAGAAAAGCUGUUGUUGAUAAAGAUAGGCUUAAGAAGGAAAUGGUAUUGCGAUUGAAUCAAGUCGCUGCAGAAUUCCGCAAGGUUUCCAAUAAGCAAAUGGCAGAAACAACCAAAAGGACAAUAAGAGAAAAUGUAUCCAUCAAUGCACAACUUACCAAAAUGUCUGACAAAACCAUGGAACUUAUUCAAGAGAAUGAUGAGCUGCGAGAGAAAGAAAAGAAGCARAAACUUCACAUUGAUAUGUUAGAACAUAACGAAAAAGAAYUGGCUAGGAAAAACAGCAGCAACCAGAAGAUUAUUCGCAUGUUGGCUGAGAAAUCUAAGCAACAGGAAGAAUUAUUAGCUGAAUAUGAAGAAUAUGAAUUACAAAACAAACAAAUGGAGAGUGAAGUGUCAUUACUACGGUCUCAAGUAGCUAGUGUUACAGAUGAACUCAAGACUCAAUACAAUAAAAGUGAAUCCAAUGAAGCAGAGUUGGCCAAGGUACGCAAGGAUCGUGAUCUUGUCAUGCAGACUAAGGACAAUCUUGUGGGAAUAUUGUCUACUGCAGCAGAUGCACUCAAAAGUUCACUUCUGCCUCUAGAUGAUAGCAGUCCCUAUAGCAAAGCAGAUAUGAUAUCACAACGAGAUAACCUGGUACAGACACUUCUAGAUAUCYUAAACCAAGCUGCACAAUAUGGUGUAGGGCCAAGUACUAAGGACUUUAUGCAGAAACGAGCUUAUUCCACCUCUGAACCAGAUCUUGGAGUGCAUAUUCACAAGACGAAAAGGAAAGGCACUCCAUUGGUAGAACCAUCAAUAGCUGCUAUUGGUAGACCAUUACCUCAUUACAAGCUAGGGGAUUUAGGAAUAGUACCCAGAGCUAAACCAAAACUUGGACAUCGUGGCUCUCCAUCGCCUACUCUGGACCCAAUAAAAAGAACUAGAAAUAUUGCAACACAGACAGUCAGUGCACAAAAGGCAAUGUUCUUUGCUGAUCAGCUGUUAUCACGACGUAGUGGCUCAUCAUCAGCUCAUUCCUUUACGAAAGCAGACCACCAAACACCAAUCAGAACCCAGGUUGCAGUUGGACAAGGAGCUGGAUCUAAAGGAAGAUUUCUUUGAUAGUGUGAUUGGAGUUAUAUACCCACAGCUCAUCAYUGGCCACUCACUUUUAUCAUGGUUUAUAUUCUUGAGAAAAGUUGUGCCAUCCUUCACMAAASCAGAAGAUAUUUUACAAGCACGUGUACAUAGAGUGAAAUAAAAUUUGCCAUGGAUUCCAAGAAUAUUACUGCAAUAGAAAUGUAAAUAAGAGUUAAACAAAAAACGAAUAAACGAUUUUUGGGAA